AUGGGCCUAAAAUUCCUUCUUACCAAGUGCAGAAAUAGGCGGGAAAGUCGACAAAGCUUCAUUCCAGGAAACAUGUUCCCAGGCGGCUGCACUGGUUCUCUCAACUCUGGAUACGGAUUCGAAAACAAAUGUGAAGAGCUUCUCGCAAAUUCUCCGGCUUCUUUGCUAGUGUCCGGCGUACAUUUCUACAAUCGAUGCUAUGGAAACUGGCAUAUUCAUAUGGACGUGAUUAGUUUAUGCUGCUCCUCAGCAUGGUUAUGGAUAAUCGAUACCAAGCGAGGUCUGUUUGCCUCUUACACGAGGUUCUCUGGACCAGCUGCCAAGUUAAGGCCUACCCUUCAACCUAGUGAGCUCGAAUCACCACCUGAGAAGGAUCCAGUUGAACAAAUUCUAGCACAUAAGCUAUGGAUUGGAUUUUUCAUUGACAAUUUUGAGGUAGUACGACAUGAUAGUCUGGUACAACUCUUGCUUCUUGGUAGGAUGCUACAAGGGACCACCAAACUUCCAUGGAAAUUUUCACACCAUCCAGCUACUGUUGGUACGUUUUUCACAGUCAUACUGCUUGGACUUAAAUUCUACACAUGCCAGUAUGAAGGGAGCCUACAAAAAGUUAGAUUGGGAAUUCAGCUGCUGGAAGAUGGGAUUUAUCGGGCUGCAUUAGGAUGGUUUGCUUAUGAACCUGAAUGGUUUGAACAUAAUCAUGGAAAUUUUCCACACAUCGAGGCUCAAUCUGUUAAUUCAUUUGUUCGCUAUCUCCAAAACGAUCCAAAAGCACUGGGUGGGGAAUAUGGGGGAUCUUUCCUUGACAUGGAUCACUGUCACCCUGUUUGGGGACCAAUGGAGAACUAUGCAGCUUGUAAAGAUAAGAGGAAGCAACUACUUUUAAUGUUAUGCCAACAUGAAGCUGACAGGCUUGAAGUUUGGGCGCAACCUGUUAACUACAAACCUCAUGACCGAGUCCCUUUGAAAGACAUGAAAGCAGAUUGGCAUUCUUGCCUUGGUAAUAAAGUCGGAUUCAAGGGUUUUGCUGUACCAAAGGAGACACAAGAAAAAGUUGCAAAGUUUUCAUUUCAUGGACAUGAAGAAGAACUUAGACAUGAUAGUGUUGUGAUAAAACAAUAUUUGAUAAUGCAGCAUGUAGAGCAUUCAGCAGGGGAUUUGAUUCAUCUGUUUCAAUGGCUAUUAAGAUAUGAUCCAUUAGAGAGGGUAACAACACGUGCAACAUUAAGACAUCCUUUCUACACCAGGAACAAUCUUAGAAAUCAGCUUAUAAAGACUGAUCAAGUGAGCAUACUAAUUAGAUCACUUCUCCUUAAGCAACAAAAAAAGUCUCGAACAACUUCAAAGAAUGCAAAGGGUGCAGGCAAAAAUGAGGGUUCAAGAAAGAGGGACCCAGAAAGAGCUGCAGAUGGUAGGGUUUCUGCUAAGAGGGCUUGUGAUGAGAUCACUUCUCCUUAA